GGGAGCGCAGAGGGAUAGGGCGAGGCGCGCAAGAAGCUUUUAGUAUGCGCUGCAAUGCCCAACUGCAGACCAUCCAUUUCAACUAUGGUGAAUUAUGGUGAAAUAUGAGAAACUAGAAGACGAGCCGGCGGUUCAAAAGCAGAUAGUCGUGAUGAAAAAAAAAAACAGCCGCUGUUCAAAUCAGUCAAAUGAGUGCUGGAGACAGAUAAGGAGCUGAAGAACGACCUGAAGGCAACUCAAAAGAAGAGCCAAACUGGAUAAAAAUUCAUGCGUCUACGCAACAAGAGAAUCCCGUCCCGCUGCUGCCUUGAUCCAGAGGCGGAGUCUUCUGGGGGCUGACAACUCUUCAAAAACGAGCCCAUCUGUCUGAGGAGACUUACUUUGGACCAAACCCUUCACCUGAGCCAUUGUCAUCAAGCUUUUUGCAGGUAGAUCUGCCUGUGCCUGAUCCCACAAGUGUGCAGAGCUUUCACAUCUUCACGGCCCACUGUGGCCCCACCCUGUCUGAAAGUUGCAGGCCCCCUCUUCCUCCAAAAUGACGGUUGCCACCAGCGACCCUGCGGAUGAAGCAGCAACGCAUUCAGGUCAGCCUCAUGACCAGUACGAUCCGGAGCCAGACCACGAGUGUUGUGAGAGGGUUGUCAUCAACAUCUCCGGCUUACGCUUUGAGACUCAGCUGAAGACCCUAUCUCAGUUUCCAGAUACACUGUUAGGUAAUCCUAAGAAAAGGAUGAGGUAUUUUGAUCCCCUACGGAAUGAAUAUUUCUUUGACCGGAAUCGACCAAGUUUUGAUGCUAUCCUGUAUUACUACCAGUCUGGAGGAAGGCUUCGCCGGCCUGUCAAUGUGACCCUGGACAUAUUUUCUGAGGAGAUCCGGUUUUAUGAGUUGGGUGAAGAGGCCAUGGAAAUUUUUAGAGAGGAUGAAGGUUUCAUAAAGGAAGAGGAGCGACCACUGCCAGAAAAUGAGUUUCAGAGACAAGUGUGGCUUCUGUUUGAGUACCCAGAGAGCUCAGGUCCUGCUCGAAUCAUUGCCAUCAUCUCUGUCAUGGUGAUUCUUAUAUCAAUUGUAAGUUUCUGCCUGGAGACACUGCCACUUUUCCGAAAUGAAGAUCAGGAGAUGUACAAUUACGCACUGAAAUCUAUGUCCAACUCCACCUCUACAUAUGACCCCUCAACAUAUUUUACAGAUCCUUUCUUCAUUGUGGAGACCCUCUGUAUCAUCUGGUUUUCGUUUGAGUUCCUGGUUAGAUUCUUUGCAUGUCCAAGCAAAGCUGGAUUUUUUGGCAAUAUAAUGAACAUCAUAGAUAUUGUGGCAAUCAUCCCAUACUUUAUCACCCUGGGCACAGAGCUUGCAGAGAGGCCAGAAGACAGCCAGGCUGGCCAGCAGGCCAUGUCCUUGGCUAUCCUUCGUGUCAUUCGUCUAGUAAGGGUGUUUCGCAUCUUCAAACUCUCACGUCACUCUAAGGGUCUCCAGAUCUUAGGACAGACUUUAAAGGCCAGUAUGCGUGAGCUGGGCCUCCUAAUCUUUUUCUUGUUCAUUGGUGUAAUUCUCUUCUCCAGUGCCGUCUACUUUGCAGAAGCAGACGAGCCACAUUCACAGUUUAGCAGCAUCCCUGAAGCGUUUUGGUGGGCAGUGGUUUCCAUGACCACUGUAGGCUACGGAGAUAUGGUACCAACAACAAUUGGAGGCAAAAUUGUGGGCUCUCUUUGUGCAAUCGCUGGUGUACUGACUAUUGCCUUGCCUGUGCCUGUCAUUGUAUCUAAUUUCAACUACUUCUACCACAGAGAGACAGAGGGUGAGGAACAAGCACAGUAUCUGAAUAUUCCAAGUGUGCCUAAAGCCAGCUCUGCUGAUGAUCUGAAGAAGAGUGGUCGAAGUGGGAGUGGAUCCACCCUCAGUAAGUCUGACUAUGUUGAGAUCCAGGAGCCUGUUAACCACAACACUGAGGACCUUAGACAAGAGGGCAAGAAAACAGGAAACUGCACUCUGGUCAACACAAAUUACGUAAAUAUCACUAAGAUGCGUACUGAUGUAUAAUGUGACUUGUUGCGGUGGUUGGUCUAUUAUUGCUAGUAUAGCAGGAAGAUACAUUUGUGUCUUUCUCUGCUCAUGAAUUAUAGUACUAAGGACAGGAACACAGAACAAAAUGAAAGCAAGAUGAACUCACAGAAAGGGUUAAUCUAGACCUCCCGUUCUCCUAUCAUACAGACUAAACAGGGCGCAUAGUAAAACGGCCAGUGAUUAGGGCAUUUUCAUGUCUGCAUGGAGUUAGUCUUACAGUAGAAACAGUUUGUAACAGUGGUUGUCCAGCUUGCAUCAGUAGCCAACUAGUAGCCAAAUCAGUAAUAAAUCAUCAUAGCAACAUAAAGGGAUCAAUAUUACAUUCUAUAUUACUUAAACUGCUCCAGAGAAAAUGGACAUUAAAGAUAAUUCUGGUCUUAGCUUUUUACAAGCUAAUUUGUAACCUAGCUUGUAAUUACAAAAAAGCCUUGUGUGAGCAUUCAUGGGCAGCUUUAAUCCGCUACUCUAACUGCCGAGGCCCUGAUUCAAAGAAAUACAGAAUAACAGCUAUUUGGUCUGGGAAUCCUCAUCUGAGCAGAAGAGAGACAGGAAGUCAUAAUGGUGUUUUUUUUUUUUUUUGUCCGAUUUAUUAGAUUUAGCAUUCAUGCCUUGGCUCUGUUGCUUCCAGCAUAAACUAGAGGUCAGUGUAGUGACAAGCAAUUACAUAGCUAAUUUGGGUUGAUUACCAAACCAAUUCAGACAAGCAGACAAGUAUAAGAAACAAAUCUCUAAACUAAGAGAAUGUUUAGCUUGUUAAUUUUUGAUAUUUGUGUAUUUUUUUAAUGUGUUAUAUGCAUCUCUUAUCAGUAUGUUUGAUGCUCAAACACAGGAUAUAGGGAAUAUUGUCACUGCAUUGCUCUGAACUAGACAGCCUGAUUCUUUAUUCUCUUUGACUGUAAGGGAGAGCGGGGCACAACCUUUUUUUCGUAAUUAUGUGCAAUUAUUUUAUUCUUUUUUUUCCCCUAAACUCUUCAAGAGUUAUGCCUCAAACAAACACCUAAUGUCUGUACUAGCAACCUAAUGUUUUUUAUAACAUCAAUGAAAGUAGCAGCAGAGAAAUUGUACAGCUCAACCCAUAGGGGCUGUAAAUUGUUCUGCAAAUUUUCGCAAAUUCAAGUGGGAGCUGUCUGGAAAUUUGCAGGAAAUGUUCAUUAGAUGUUGCAUCAAAAUGACUGGAAGAACACAUUGCUUCACCCUCAGCAAAUACAUAUAAUGUCUGUUUCAAAUAACCUCCUUGUAAGGACUUUCCCCAGCCUAUAAAUGUCUGUGAAGUUAGAUUUUGACACCACUGCCAAACAUAAAUCUUUGUUAUUCUGGACUUCUUAUCAUUCCAUGUUAGAAAGAGAUUAAGGAGAAACUUUAAUAUAUUCUGUACUGUACCUUGAAGCUGAUUUGUCAGAUAUAUUCCAAAUGUAUAUUACCUAUAACCAACCUGAUGUAUGAUUUUAAUUAGUUAUGCUUUAUAUAGCAUUUCCCUCAAAACUAUUAUGUUUUAGAACUACAUACAAACAAAGAAGGAGUUAAACUAAGGUUACUCUGAGUGUAAAAAGGUCCAUCAUUUACCUGCAGUGUCAACUUUUGUUGUUUUGUUGUUUGAGUAUAAGAAACAAUGUUAUACGUAGGAGCUUGCUUACAACAUUUUGCAGCACUGUAGCUGCAGUGGAAACAUUAAUACUAAUUAAUUAACAUUUAUGUAACGUUUUACUCCGUAAUACCUACGUCAUACCUUCCCCUGUAAUUCUCUCCCAAGCAAUAAGUCUAAAUUUGUAAACUACCUUCUUCUGGAGCAAAUCAAAUUGCAGCUGUUAUUCAGAUGUAAGCUACCAUGUUGCUUAGGGUAUCUUAGGCUGCAAAAACAUACACUAAUCAGGCAUAACACAAUAACCAAUGACAGGAGAAGUGAAUAACACUGAACGUUUUUAGAAGCAAGAAAGAUGGGCCAUCAUAAGGAUUGAAAUGAGUUUAACAAGGGACAUGGGCGGUCAAGGCUCACUGCAUGUUGGGAGUGACGAAUGUGUCAUGUGACUUAAUCCAACAGAUGGGUAACAGUAGUUCAGAUUGCAGAAUAUGUUAAUGACAGGUCUGUAUAUUCUUUGAAUGAAAAUACGCAGUGCGUCAUAGUUUGUUGCAUAUGAUUUUGGAUUGCUGUAUGCUAGUCAAGAUGCCCAUGCUAAUCCACCGAUGAAAGUGGCAACAAUCAGCAGAACAUUAGAACUGGAUAGAAGAAGAUCAUCUGGUGUGAUGAAUCAGGUUUUCUUUCAUUUUGAUGUUUACGUGCAUGUGCAUUGCUCACCUGGGGAACAAGAUGCACUAUGGGAACAAACAAGGCGGCAGGGCCAUUGUGGUGCUAUGGGCAAUGUUUUGCUGGGAACCCUUUUUCCUGCCAUUUAUGCAGAUGUUUAUUUUAUCAUUCCUAAUCAUUUUGGCAAUACCACCGCAAACAAGCAGUUGUUGCAGCUGUAUGAUGUUAUCCCUGUGGGUUGGUCUUUUUCCAAAAGUGUAGAAUGAAAGUUAACCAGAAUGAAUGGAGGUAUGAAUUUUUUGGCAUUCAUUUUCUAAUCAAACUGAGUCCCCUGGAUUAUCCUGUUGUGAAAGCACCUUUAAAGCAUCUACUGCUAACACAUUGGAACCAGAUACACAGCACACCUUCAGGAGUCUAGUGGUGUCCAUGCCUCGACAACUCAGGGCUGUUUGGACAGCAACGUGGGGGACCAACCCCCAAGUGUUAUGUAUUUAUCACUGUUGUUUAUUAUCCUGUUAGUCCUGCAGUCAUUGUAUUGGUCUAUUAUACAUUAAUGCAGUGAUGUAGGACAGGCAGGGUCACCAUUUGCUGUUCCUCCUUAACUGAUGUUAUCCUGCUUUCGUAGAACUGCAUGCGCUUUAAAGUUGUAGCCCUAAUCCUAGUAUGCCCUAAGAUGAAUAACAUUUAAAUAUUAAAUUGACGUAAUUAUAAUCCAAUAUCCCCUCAGGAUCUGGCACUUGGGUCACAAUCCAUUUCAAAAGGGUGCUGUGUGUUUAUGAGUCCUUAUGAACCUACAGGUAGUUCAUAAGAGGAAACAGUGAAAGCAUGACAGUUGGUGAAUAUGGGAAUUAUAAAUUAUGGUGAUUUCCCAUCAAGGAGAAUAAAACCUAUAACCCACUGUUGGAUGUUAGAUAUUCAUUCCUUCUCCCUGCAGUUCAGUGUUUUGCAGUCUGUCAAAAUAAAAGCUCAACAGCUACUACCUGCUGCCAGCCUAGUGGAUGCAACAAGAUUCAUAGUGGGUCAGUCAGAGUUGUUGCUCAGCUGAGUGUAUUAUAAUGCUCCAAGGAAACAUCUGAGUGCUCCUCUCACUGACGUAUCGUUCCAUCAAGCUUGGUGCGUGGAGUGGAUCUUUAUCUGUGCAUGUGUGUGUUCAGGAGACAGCAAGGGAAAUGGAAAGCUUUUAGACACACAUAAGUUGAGUGUUGAGCUUUUAGAGACAACAUUGUAGCUAGUCCUGUUAACUGCAAGCUCAAAUGACGGUGGUGGUCAGUGUGUUCUAAUGUAUCCUUGCAUACCAUUUACAUACUGUGCAUUGCAUACCUAACAUAUGCAUAUAGCAAGUCAAACAUAGGAAUAGUUAAAAAAUGCCAUUACACCCUGGAUAUGGGAUUCACAAGCAUGAGUUACUUGUGGGAUGAGUUACCGUGUCUGCUGAGGCCUAUUUUACAGGAAACAGGAGAAAACUGUUGCGAAGAUAUAGUACAUCUGAUAAUAGAUGUGAAAUAAACACUGCCUACACCACAGUUUCCUUUUUUUAUACAUUGGGUUUUGCUUAUUUCUCUAAACUGUCUGUUGUGGAACACGUAUGCCACUUUGAGCUUGGUCUUGAACACUGUUCUUUCAGUUGUUGUUACCAAACACACAAUUGAAGUGACACUCUGCCAAGACAAAACGUUUCUCCUGAAGAAUCCAACAGGAGACAAGGACUGGAUAUGAACUGCAGAAAACAGCUCGUUUGCGUUGUCAGCAACACAAAUAAGUGGAUAUUUACACAUGCAACAGCCUGACCAUUUGAACGCAUUUAGCUUGUGUUCAUACACUGCCUGUGGAUAACAACUUUAAUGGACAUGCCUGAUAUCAGGAUGGAAAACCUACAUGAGGCUUUGUUCAACCUGAACGCCAUAAAGGACCUACUACUGCCGAUGGGAUUGCACUUGCGUAGCCUUGCUAAUGUAUCUAAAACUUGCAGCUGCUUUAACUGAUGUCUUCUGUCUAAAAAUGCUUAAAGCUUCUGCCAUGUUUAGACUCCUAUGUGUUAGGAAACUGAGUUAUAUGCUGCUGAUCUAAUCAAAAUUUAAGGGAUAUAUAGUAAAGAUAAUUUCAAUAAAAACUGAACAAAUGCGCUACCAGAAAAUGUUUUAUCAUGUACUUUAACAAACUGAGGUUUGUUAAAGAUACACACACAGGCCUUGCUCAAAUACUGUGUGUCUUAACAUGUCUACUUUCUGUAACAUGAGCCAACUGUGUGUCAUUCAUAAAACCUAGAUAACUCUGUGCUUCUUGAUAAUUUAGCUUCUCAGUUUUCUGUGUAACUACUGUUUUCACCACUGUGUGGAAAGACUGAACCAUGAGACAAACUGUAUAUUGUUGCCUAAAGAAGAAUUAUCUGUCUGAAUGCUUGCCAUGCUCCAUACAUGGGCCUCCGAUGGACAUAAAUAUGGUAGUCAGGAAAAUCUUCAGACUCCAGUGUCAUUAUUU